AUGUUGGUAGAUUUUGUGAUGAGAGCGGCUACAGAAGAAGAUGAAACUGGUGUGAACUGGGUAAACGGUAGUGAACUGACUGAUCUUGACUUUGCAGACGACAUCGUCUUGCUGGCGAAGGAUGAAAAUGACCUAAAACAACUAACGUCUAAUUUGGAAAUAGCAGCUCGCAAGUUUGGAUUGAGAAUUAGCAGUGAAAAGACCAAAGUGAUGUACGUGGGAGCUAGAAACAUUACGCCAAUAAAUGUUGGGACUGAAAUAACGCGAUUCACAUGCUUAGGAAGCCUGAUAACCAUGAAUGGUGAUGCUGAAAUGGAUGUCAAAAGCAGAGUCGGUAAAGGAGCUAGAGUGUUUAGAAGAAUGAACAAUAUCUGGAAAUCGACAUCAAUGAGCACACAGCUGAAGAUAUGCCUUUAUAACGCAUGA